UUGAGCCGGCUGCACCUAGUUGUGCAAAGCUACUGCCCGUGCAUGACAGAUUCUAAUAUGUAAACGCUUAAAUAUCAGAAAUGUGUCAACCGGGUAGAUACGCUGGCGCAUCGUGCAGCAACUUUGUACUGCGAUGUAUACUCUGAAAAAAAUCGCCAUGGAAUUCGAUACUGAUGGUUAUUUUCUCGUCCUGUUUUCGUUUACCGCCAAUCUGAUGUGGGGAUGCGUUAACAAAAGUAUGGGCGUUUUGUUGCCGACGCUGACGGACCAAUUCACCACACACACCUGGGUCAUUGGAAUCAUUGCAUCGUUGACGGGAGUAAUGUCAUAUUUUGGAGGUCUUCUAACCAUGCCGUUGGAUGAAAGAUUUAGCUGUCGACGUUUGUUAGUCGUCACCAGCGCAGUCGAAAGCAUAGGGUUGCUGUUGUUUCCUCUGGCAAGAAGCACCAUUCAUAUGGCUCUGGCAUUGGCAGUCUUAGUAGGACCAAGCGUUGGAAUUAUCAUGGUUCUCAACAAAGUCGUACUGGGACGCCACUUUCGUGAGCGAUUCACUUUGGCCUGUGGAAUUGGCCAUGCCGGGCAAGCAGUUGCCCUUCUUGCUUUUGCACCGAUGACGCAGCUUUUCCUCGACACCUACGGUUGGAGAGGAGCGGCGCUGCUUCUUGCUGGAAUCAGUAUGCAUCAGAUUGCAAGUGCUGCCGUUGUCAGGGUCACUAAAGCACAGUACGAGCCUGUUACAGAUUGCUCAGAUAGCUACCAGGAUUACAACGACAAGGAAGGAUGCAGAAGUCGUGGCAAGAAAUCCUGUCUUCAUCUUGUCAAAGCUGUAGAUCUGGGAAUACUUUUGGAGUUCAAGUUUUGGAUUGUGUCCAUGUGUCGUUUCGGAGUGGCCUUUGCCUUCAACUCUUGGAUGCUGUAUUACGUCCCUCAUCUAGAAGUCAAGGGCUUCCCGCCCCAAGUGGCAGCUACUCUUUGCUCGGCAGCUGCCGUCGGAUAUUUCUUUGGGUCGAUCAUGUGGGCACCCCUCAUCGACCGAGGCUUCAUGAAAUGCUCAACAGCGAUCAUCGUCAGCAGCAUAUCUUUGUCUCUGUCGUUUGUCGUGGAUCCCUGGGUGAAUGACAUUGCUAGCUAUGCCGUCGUCACCUUCGUCUGUGGGCUGUUUUCCGCUGCUCUGUAUACACUCUCUGACGUCUUGAUCAGAGACAUAUUUGAACUGGAUCGGCUUGUGAGCGCCUAUGUGUGGAAGCAAUUCUUUCUCUUCGCACCGGUAUUUCUCGCCGGGUUCCUACCCGGUUGGAUGUACGAGGCAAGAGGAAGCUACGACUUGGCGUUUAUCAUGAUUGGCCUGGUACCAACUAUCUGCCUCCUGCCGCUGAUUAUUGGGCUACUGCGGAAGACAACGAACGGCUUGUGAAGGGACAUCAUGAGAGGAACAGGGCCUCUCUCCUUCGAGUCUCUUGAAGAAAGUCAGAGACGUGUCUGUGGACAAACACAAGCUGUUUCGCUUGUUUGUAAUGACUCUGCGACAUGUGAUGACGACGUCACGACGUCCAUUUAAAUCGAUACAACAUAAAGUGACGUACUUAACAUGUAAAUAUGACAGCAUUCACAUGUAGAUAUACAGAUUUUUUAAAGCCCCUUUAACGUGAUGUCAUAUGACUGUGAUGAUGUCAUCAUGACGUCACUUCAAUGUUCCUGUGUAUUAGACAUCCCUAUGUAAGAACUUAUAGUUCUAUAAAUACAGGCCUUAUGAAUUCCCCUUUAAUGUGACGUCACAUGACAUAUGAUGACAUCAUGAUGACGUCACUUGAAUUUUCAUCUAUAACACAUCCCGAAAUAUACGUGCGCGUGUUUAUGGUGUAAAUCAAGGACACACACGAGCAACACCAUCGAUAAAUCGAAGACAGGAACCAGAAUCGAGGACUCCUCGGUUGGAAAACGUGAUGAGAGCUGUUGCGAAAAAUUAAGAGUACAAACAAAGGAAAAGGGAAG